AACUCACACCAUCAUCAUCAAUGCCCGACCAAUCAGAAUUUCAAGUCGUAGAGAAUCAAACCAAUUUAACUCAAAAGAACGCUAACAACCCAUACGCUGGUGUAGACAGCUUCUUGUCAAACGUAUCAAACUUCCAAAUUAUUGAGUCUACACUCAGAGAGGGUGAACAAUUCGCUAACGCUUUCUUCGACACCGAGACCAAGAUCAAGAUCGCUAAGGCUUUGGAUGCUUUCGGUGUCGACUACAUUGAGCUCACUUCACCUACCGCUUCUGAGCAAUCCAGAAAGGAUUGUGAAGCUAUCUGCAAACUUGGUCUCAAGUCAAAAAUCCUUACUCACAUUAGAUGUCACAUGGACGACGCUCGUGUUGCCGUAGAGACUGGUGUUGAUGGUGUCGACGUUGUCAUCGGUACCUCAUCUUUCCUUAGAGAAUUUUCACAUGGUAAAGACAUGGCCUACAUCACCAAAUCCGCUAUUGAAGUUAUAGAAUUCGUAAAGUCAAAGGGUAUUGAAAUUAGAUUCUCAUCAGAAGACUCAUUUAGAUCAGAUAUCGUUGACUUGUUAUCAAUUUACAGAACCGUUGACAGAAUCGGUGUCAACAGAGUCGGUGUUGCUGACACAGUUGGUUGCGCUUCUCCACGUCAAGUUUACGACUUGGUUAGAACCCUUAGAGGUGUCGUUAGCUGCGAUAUCGAGACUCACUUCCACAACGAUACCGGUUGUGCUAUCGCUAACGCUUACGCUGCAUUGGAAGCUGGUGCUACUCACAUUGACACAUCUGUUUUGGGUAUCGGUGAACGUAAUGGUAUCACCCCACUUGGUGGUUUGAUGGCAAGAAUGUACGCUUCUGACCCAGAAUACGUCAAGGCUAAAUACAACUUACCUGCAUUGCGUGAAAUCGAAAAUUUGGUCGCAAAGGAAGUUGAAGUUAACAUUCCAUUCAACAACUACAUCACUGGUUUCUCAGCAUUCACCCACAAGGCUGGUAUUCACGCCAAGGCCAUUCUUAACAACCCAACAACAUACGAAAUUCUCAAGCCGGAAGAUUUCGGUAUGACAAGAUAUGUUUCAAUCGGUCACAGACUGACUGGAUGGAAUGCCGUCAAAUCUCGUGUUGAUCAACUCAAUUUACCAUUGUCAGAUGAUCAAGUUAAGGAUGCAACUCAAAAGAUUAAGCAAUUGGCUGACGUUAAGUCACAAAUGUCUAUGGACGAUGUCGACAACAUCUUGCGUGUAUACCACGCAUCAAUUGAAGCGGGUGAACCUGGUCAAUCACCUGAAUUCCAAAAGCUGUUAGAGAGAGCACAGUAAGUGAGUUAAAGUUCGGAUAAAACGCAAUUGCAUACACAAUCAAAAAAUACGAUCUCUUUAUCUCUUUUCGCUUAUUGAAAUCUAUGUACCUUUGUUCUUCUUAUAAAUUAUAUAACUAGUAAAAAUAAGAACUGCUAUUUAUCCAGAAAAGGAAUUUUCGGGUAGAAGUCUAGAAUAUUUGUUUUGAUAAAUUAGGGUAAAACGGAAAACAUCAAUGCCGAAUGCGAUAAGGGUUUUUUUUAAUUGUUCUACGGAAGAGAAAAGAUGCGUAUGUUGAUGUUCCGCAUGAGACUGAGAAACAGGGUAAAUAUAUUGAUAGAUGCAAUUAAGAGGACUCGAGAAUUCUUACGCCCAGCAUCACUCAGACGCUUUUUUAGUACGGACUACCAGGCACCUGUGCCUUAUAAUAUCAAUAACGGCUCGAGGACGACGUUAGUCAAUCUUCGGAAUGAAGAUAACUCAGAUGAAAUACUCAUUAAAGGACGGAUACACGGGAGUUUGUUUCCCUUAUAUGACGAAAGGUACAUACCUAGAAGCAUAUCGCCGAAGAGAAGACUUACAUUCGAUGCCAAGUGGUAUAAUGCAAACUGGAAUGCAGGUAAAAUGCACAGCGGUUACUCCACAAGGCGGCCUUCGCUGAGCUUCCCUUUGGAAUCAGGUACUAGACCCGAGGAAGGGGGUGUAAUACUUGACUUACUGCGUGCAGAUCCAGCCCAAAGUUGGAAUUGACAUUUGGAAUGGCCCCGACGUAAGAAUACCACUAGGAAUAAUAGCGAUUAGUCAAAUAGCAAAGACAUCUCAUGAUUCAGAGUAAGAGAAAACUGGUGCCAAAAUUUCAGACGUUAUGUGAUGAUAAUAGAGGCGGAUGCAUGGUAAAGUAGAUAAAGUUUUGGUGUCCCAUAUCGAGAAGGCGGAAAUCUGAUCGAAUGAGUGAUUCAACGCGAAAUUAGCCGUGAAAUUAACGCGAAAUGACCGUGAAAAGUAUUACAAAAUAUAAAUUUAUUGCACCAACUGAAAAUUUAUUUUUAUAAUUUAUAUAAAUUUCAAUAAUUUCAUAA